CUUUAAUCUUUGUUUAAUGUUUAAAUCUGUUUAAUAUGAUUCCUUUCACAGACAUGUUAGACUACACACUGUUUUUGUCUUUGGUGGUUUUGGUGUCGGUGGAACAUGCUUCUAUGGCAUCUGCUCCUCUACAAAUAGUAAAUGAAGAGCUCACCCACACAGAAGCCAUCAGGGAUGUUGAGACACCUCUGAACCUCACCAGGACAAACUUUGAACGUUUGGACCACCUGAGCAACAGAUCCAGAUAUGUUGCAAGGAGCUGUAAAGAGAUCAUGGACAGAUAUGGUGAACGAGAAGAUGGGUUGUACUUCCUGACCACUGCUAAUGGCAUGGUCUAUCAGACUUUCUGUGACAUGACCACCGCUGGAGGCGGCUGGACGCUGGUGGCGAGCGUCCACGAGAACAACCCUUCUGGAAGGUGCACAGUGGGUGAUCGCUGGUCGAGCCAGCAGGGCAACAAUGCUGACCUGCCAGAUGGAGAUGGGAACUGGUCCAACAGAAACAUGUUUGGAACUGCAGAGGGUGCCACCUCGGAUGAUUUUAAGACUCCAGGUUACUAUGAUAUAGUAGCAGAAGACAUGUCUGUGUGGCACGUUCCCAACAACUUCCCAGUGGAGCACUGGAACCUGGCAGCCAUCCUCCGCUACCACACUAGCAACCGCUUCCUCCGCCUGUAUGGAGGAAACCUCUUUGAGCUCUUCAAGCGAUAUCCAGUGAGAUACAACGUUGGCUCGUGCAGCAACCGAGGCCCAGCUGUUCCCAUUGUGUAUGACCAUGGAGACAGAGAGUCCACCAAGAUGUUUUAUGGACCCAAAUCAAGAGCGGAGUCUGAGCCAGGUUUCAUCACAUUCAGACCAAUAAACAACGAACGUGCAGCCAUGGCUAUCUGCUCCGGGGUCAAACCGACCACUGGAUGCAACACUGAACACUACUGUAUAGGAGGAGGUGGAUAUUUCCACCCUGUCCAGUGUGGAGACUUCCCGUCAUUUGAAUAUGACUCUCUGGGAGAAACGCAAGGCUGGAGUGCUUCCAAAGAGAUGAUUGAGGCUGCUGUGUUACUGUUCUACCGCUGAGAGGAUUAUUUUUCAUGUACAUUGUAAAGUCAGUAAAUCACACAUGAAAUACAUUUUAAACAAAUUCAAAUGAUUGUAAACUUAAAGUAAAAUAUCACAUUAGUUAUGAAUGAGAAUGAGUUUGUCAUAAAUAAUUAAUAUUACAUU